UUCCGCGCAGAAAACAUGCUGGUAGGAGAGGAGGAGGAGGAGGAGGAGGAGAGAAGAAACGCCUCACAGGCGACAAGAGAGUAAGGAAGUGAGGAAAGUUGUUAGAGGACGACCAGAUGGACGGGAGGAAGGAAGGGGGAUCUCCAGUGCGACUUUAGGAGGGCCAAUAAACGCGUAGAUGAGCCAGAGCUGCUGAGGGGGGGAAAAGGGAGACAGGGCGCGUCACCGCGGUGCGUGGACGCGGACAAGACAGCGGCGGUGGGUCUGGCUCCUCAUGCGCCUCGGCAACUUUUAAGGGCCCCCUUCUCCUUCUCCUCCUCCUCCCACUAGAGACAGGAGAAAAAAAAGGAAGGAGCCUUGGAGGAACAGAGAGCUCGUCGACCCAGACCCGAGGAGUCCCGCUCGCUCUAGCCGGGGUUUAGGCGUUGGCACCCGGGCUUGGGGUUGUCCCUCGUCAUGGCCGGGGCCAAGCCGGGAGUCCACGCGUUGCAGCUCAAACCCGUGAGCGUCCACGAAGAGCUCAGCAAGGGGAGCAAGUUCAUCAGAUGGGACGAGGACUCCAGCAGCUCUCCGCCAACCCUGGGGAACCUCAAAGUUGACUCGGAGGGAUUUUUCCUGACAUGGACUACGGCGAGCAGUUAUGAGUCCGAAAUCUUCGACAUCAGCACAAUCAGGGACACCAGAACGGGAAAGUACGCCAAGCAGCCCAAGGAUCACAAGCUGCGGGAGCAACUGGGCUACAAGGAGGACAGUAGUUCGAAGCUGCUAACCAUCGUCUACGGACACGACCUGGUGAACAUCUCGUUCAUCUGCCUGCUUGCUCUGUCUGAGGAAUCAGCAAAGGUGUGGACGGAGGAGCUGUUCUCCUUGGCCACAAACAUACUGUCCCAAAAUGCAUCGAGGAACACCUACCUGCUCAAAGCGUACACUAAGAUAAAGCUUCAAGCGAGUUCGGAGGGGAAGAUUCCUACAAAGAGCUUCCUGAAGCUGUUCUCUGAUAAGAAGAGGGUGGAGACGGCUCUGGAGCAGAGUGGCCUCAUCGUCAACAAGUUAGAAAGCGUCAAACUCGAGGCUUUCACGUGGAAGGCUUUCCUCCUGUUUCUCGACAUGAUGUGUUACCGACCCGAACUACAAAACAUCUUCGCGGAAUGCGGCGCUAAAAGCAAACCCUUUAUCAACCUGGACCAGUUCAUGGAGUUCAUCAACGAGAAGCAGCGAGACCCCCGGCUGAACGAGGUGCUGUACCCCCCGCUGAAACGCGAGCAGGUCCGACAGAUCAUGGAGAAAUACGAGACCAACGCCAGCCAGCUGGAGAGAGACCAGAUCAGCUUGCAGGCUUUUGGUCGAUAUCUCGGCGGUGACGAAAAUGGCAUCGUACCUCCAGAAAAACUGGACCUCAUCGACGAUAUGAACCAGCCGCUGGCUCACUACUUUAUAAACUCCUCUCACAACACGUACCUCACAGUGGGUCAGCUGACAGGUUUGUCGUCGGUGGAGAUGUACAGGCAGGUGCUGCUCACCGGCUGCCGCUGCAUCGAGCUGGACUGCUGGAAGGGCCGACCACCGGAUGAGGAGCCCUACAUCACCCACGGAUACACCAUGACCACUGAGAUCUCAUUUAAGGAGGUGCUUGAAGCGAUAGCAGAGAGUGCGUUCAAGACUUCCCAAUAUCCUCUAAUCCUGUCUUUUGAAAACCACGUUGACUCAGCCAAACAGCAGGCCAAAAUGGCGGAGUACUGCAGGACCAUCUUUGGAGAUGCCUUGCUCAUUGAUCCACUGGAGAAAUAUCCGCUCGUCAAAGGUCAACAGCUUCCCUCACCGCAAGAUCUGCUGGGAAAGAUCCUCAUCAAAAACAAGAAGAAGCGUCUUCACCCCGUUGAGAAUAGUAGCAUACGCCGCAAAGAGCCUGGGGGCCAGUCGUCGCUUCCCUCUGAUUCGCCUCUCGCGGACAGAGAGGGACAGCAACUUCUGUCCAACGGCGAUCAAAAGCUGCCGGCCAAAGACAUGGGGCGUCGUAAGUCCCUCGGUGAAGGAGAGAGUGAGGAGGAAGAGGAGGAUGAACCCGUGCAGGAGAUUAAAAAGCCUGCUUCUGAUGAGGGUACGGCCAGCAGUGAGGCCGUCGCUACUGAGGAGAUGUCCACUCUUGUCAACUACAUCGAACCUGUUAAAUUCAAAGGCUUUGACGCUGCAUCUUACAAGAAGAAGUACUUUGAGAUGUCUUCAUUUGUGGAAACCAAAGGCCUGGAAGCCCUGAAAAACGCCCCCAUUGACUUUGUUGAGUACAAUAAGAACCAGCUUAGCCGGAUCUACCCCAAAGGAACGAGGGUGGACAGCUCCAACUACAUGCCUCAGAUCUUCUGGAACGCCGGUUGCCAGAUGGUGGCGCUGAACUUUCAGACUCUCGACCUGGCUAUGCAGUUGAACAUGGGUGUAUUUGAAUAUAACGGUCACUGUGGCUACCUGCUGAAGCCAGAGUUCAUGAGGAGGGCAGACAAACACUUUGACCCCUUUACGGAAAGCAUAGUGGACGGGAUUGUUGCCAAUACCGUCACGAUCAAGGUGAUUUCGGGUCAGUUCCUGACGGAUAAAAAGGUGGGUGUAUACGUGGAGAUAGACAUGUUUGGACUUCCAACCGAUACAAAGAGGAAGUUCAGAACCAGGACCUCCAAUGGGAACUCCCUGGACCCGACGUGGCACGAUGAUGAAAUUGCUGAUUUCUAUCACGUGGUUCUCCCUACACUGGCCUCUUUGAGGAUAGCUGCUUUUGAGGAAAAUGGCAAGUUUAUUGGACACCGAAUUCUCCCCGUUUCAGCCAUCAGACCUGGCUACCACUACAUCAACCUGAAGAAUGAGCUUAACCAGCCACUUUUCAUGCCCUCCCUGCUAGUUUAUGUUGAAGCUAAGGAUUACGUUCCUAAUGAACACCAAGAAUAUGCUGAUGCUCUGACCAACCCCAUUAAACACAUCAGUAAAUUAUGCAAGAGAGAGCUACAGCUUGCUGCUCUCCUUGAGGAUAUGAAUCAGGAGAUCAAAGCGGAAGGCACUCCGCAGGACGUGGCCUCUCCUAUUCAGCCGGUUCCCGACAGUGUUUUUGACGAGUGUCCUGAGGAGUCAAAAAUAUCAGGUGUAGUACAACCUGCUAAGGAUUGUAAGGAGGAUCUGGUGUCCACGGUGCUCUCAGAACCGCCGUGUCUAUCUCUGGAUGACCUGAAGACGCACAAGAGUUACACGAAAGUGAAGAAGAGACAGUCGAAGGAGCUCGGUGAGCUGCAGAAGAAAAACCAGAAGAAGAUUCAGUCUGAAACUCAGAAGAAGCGCAGCAUGAUUGAUAAGACCUUCAAACGUAGCAUCAAGAAAAGUGACUCCCAGGACGGGCCGCCGCGGGACGUGGAGAAGGAGACGCACCAGCUCCGGGAGCAGCAGCUGCGUGAAGUCCUGGCGCUGCGGCAAGCGCUGUAUGAGCUGGAAGCCAAGAUGCGAGAGGAGCAUUUCCUGGAGGAAAUGAGGAAGCUGAAGUCUUUGGCGAGUGAAAUUUACCAGAUUCAUGAGAAGAAGCUCAAAGAAACCUGCGAGAGGGAGAAGAAGGAGAUCCAGAAGAUCCUGGAAAGGAAGCGCAUAAACAGCAUAGUUGAAGCCAAGGGCAGAGACAAGGCGGAAGUGGACCAAAACGAGAUCAACAGGAAACACAUUCAGGAGUCGGUCGACGCUCUCCGCCGGCUGGAGAGGGCCCAGGAGGCGAGACAAGAAAAGUACACCAUGAAGUAUCAGGAGCUGGUGCAACAGUUGGAGACGACACAAUACUGUCUCCUGUCCCGCCUGGAUGAGGAGCUCGACGCGGAGCGCCGUCGGCUGCCAGAGGAGAUCUGUCAGCAGUUUGAUGUGGACCCAAAGGAAGUCUCCGGUAGCAAAUCCCUGUUCUCGUUGCAGUCCAAUCACAGCACCCGCCGCUCCGCCCCGCCCUCCAACUGCUCCACGCCCAAUUCCCAGUCCAGUCCCUUCUGGAGAACCCCGAACAAGAGCAUGGACAGUAGCCUGGCCUCGCUGGCCGAUUCAACGUCGUCCUCCACCACUCCGGACCGGUCCGUGGCAGAACUGUAUUAUAGCUAGACUUCUAAGUUUUACAGAGGAAAAAAAAAAACAAUGAGGGGUCUGUAGGGGGCCAUAUGUGGUGUAGAAAUGUUAAUGGAGUAUCUACUAAUUUUAUUCUUUUUCUCAUUCACUGUUUUUUGUCUACAGAGCUGUAUUUUUCAUUUUACCAUUUUUGACAAAUUUUGUUGUUAACAUCUUAAUCAAAUGUUUCUUUUUGCCAAUUUUUUUUUUUUUUAAAUGCUCUUCUUGAUUUAAAUGAGUUUCAUCUUUUCCAUCGUGGUUGCAGCCAGUCAGAUUUGCAGCUUUAUGGUGACCCAGGGAAGCGUAAACCUUUUGUUUUAAUCAUCUUUAACCUCUUUUUUUUAACUUUUUUUUUUUUAAGAUGUUCUGAACAGCUUUAAACUGUGUCGAGCAACAGCUGGUAAACAGCUGCUGGCAUCCGACAGAUAUGACCACCAUUAAUGGAUAUUUUUUAGAUCCUUUACGUGUAAAAAAAAAGAAAUCAGCUUUGAAAAAGCAAAUUCAAGGAAUUUUUUUAAAGAUUUUUAUUUUUUUUUUUUAAUUUUAAAUUUGAACUGUAAUUGCAUGGGGUGACCACUAGAUGGUGAUGCAACCUUACCAUUUUUUUUUCUUUUCAGUUUCUGGCUUUUAAAUUUUUAUUCAAAGCAGUCUGUAACUUCAGGUCUAAGGAUGUCACCCUUUUUACACUUGUUCAAGUCUUAAAAAUCUUCUUCGCCCCGCUCAGUCGACUCCCUGUUUAAAAACAGAAAAGCGCUCUUGCACGAACUCUGAGGACAAACUUCAGCUUUCCCAGAAACAGCUGAUGUGGCGGGGUGUGGCCGUGCCGUUCAGAUAAUCCCCGCCUCAACAAUCUGCUGCCGGGGAAUAGUUCUUCUUCUUCGCUCUAAAUGGAAAUAGGUUCAAUUUUGAAUGUGUUUUUUUUUUUUUUUAAAUCUCCUGUAUGUGCCAUUGCAGCCUGGGGGAGGACAUUUGCUAAAUUAGCAGGACUACUGUGGAUUAAGGCCCUCCGGUGACUAAAAGCUGCACCAUGACAUCAUAAUGUAACUGAGAUUCUGUAUCAAUCCUGUGGUUGUUGACGUUUAAGGCUGAUUUUACUUUAAGCGUCCAGUUCCAUAACCCCAAUGUUUUACUUUGUGUCUAAGUGGACUUAAGUAGAUUUAAUUUCUCUUGGACAUCCCUCUAAUUAACUCGGAGUGUCAGAAACGGGUGGUGCACAUCGGUAAUGGUACGUUAGGUUUGCUUCUACCAAAGCUUCCAGGUUUUCUGUAUUUAAUUUGCUAUUACUCCUGCUUUUUUUAUUUUUUUAUUUCCUAUUUGUCCACUCUGACUGGGGAAAUGAUGGUACUAUGUAUAGAUAAUCUAUGUAUAUGUGUAGCUGUACAUGAGUUUUACUACUGACUACUAAUGCUGGUGAGUGAUUGAGGUUAAAAAUGGGGUGAGGGAAAAACCAAAACGAGUCUAAUUUUCUUAUUUUAUUUUAUUUUUUACAUAUUUAGGGAAUCCUCUUUGCUUUUAUGAGCACUGGCUGCCUUUAUUUCUUCUCACCCCUCUGAAUUACAUAUCUGAUUGAGCUGAUUGUUUUGUGGUUUCUUCAAAUAAUAGAAGGUGGUGUCCAUUCGGGGCUGCUGAGAAAUGGGUUUCCAUCGCCUCUGCAGGACGGGCGGCUCCAAAAUGUCUACACACCACGGUUUCUAAAACGUCAGGUGUUUGAGGCUUAAAAAUGCUGAGACCUUGAUAAAUCCUUUUCCUAACCACCUAUAUCCUGUCUAGUUUAACUAAAAACAUCAAACAAAUCUGUUACUGAGGAAAAAAUAUAAAACUAAAGCAGCAACAACCUGGGUGUAAAGUCUAAUUAUAACAUUCAGUCUUUGUUGUUAGGAGUCCAUCAGUAUUCCACUUUCUGACUUGGUAAAUAUUGCCUCUGCCUCCAAAAGAACAUCUGGAGACCACAGAUUGUCUUUGCUCUGUACUUUCUAGGCUCUAGCGGAGAUAGUGAAGUCAACUUUUUAUGGAUUUGGAUGUUUGGACUUGAUGCAAGGCAGAUAAUAAUAUCCAUCUUCACCUUGUUGAAAGCUUUUGGUCCAAACUGACUGGUACUUGGAACAGCUCACAGUUUUCUCCGCCCUGAGACCAAAACAGCUCCAGCUGUAGUAAUUUAACCCCACAGCAUGCUGCAGCCACCACCCUGCUUCACUGUAUUUGGUGAUGUGCUGCGCUGUUUCUUUUUUGCUGAGCAAAACCUUCGAGUUUGUGGGCCUUAGGUUUUUAGUUCCUUCAUACCGUAGUGCUUAUUCCCGUAGGGAUCUUGGGAGAUUUUAACCAGACCUGGAUGUCUUCUUUGGAGGAAAGUGAUUCUUUCUGAGCAAUACAUGAGUUUAUGUAGAAUAAAACUGGUACUUGUUGGAAAUUUCGGCUGCUCCUCUUACAGAUUUGUUUGAUUUUUAGUUGACCUAUGCAGGUUAAAUAAACAUUUGGGAAGGAGUUAUGAUUUUCUCAAAAUUUUAAGUCCAUAACACUGGAUGGUAAGGCAUUUAAGACCUACUGUUUGAGCAGCACAACACUAACUUGCUCCUUUUUUCCGUCACCUGCAGGGGUCAGCACCUCCUUUUUAAAUGAAACCUCUUGAGCUUUAAAGAUGAGCAGAUGAUGAUUGUCAGGUGCUCUGCACCAACACAGGGCACUCUACUCAGGAGUCAGACGCGUGACUCUUUAACGGUCAAAAUCUUUACCAAAAACCUCAACACAUUCCUCUCAGCCCGUACAGAAAUGGCAUUUAAUUUUAAAUUGGCAUCCUUCUGUUCUUUGACUUGGACAGAGUUAUCAGGUACUCGCUCGUGUCGCUGUGGUUGAAAUGCACUUUUUGCCAAUCUGUCCUGGAUGUGUUUGUGAAACAUGUUCCCAUGAUGUCAAAACUUCAAUACAACCACCUUGCAAUUACACUUACUUUUUUGCAAAGUAUCUGAAGAAGUUUCUUUUCCCCCUGUUUGCACUUUGAACUUGGGAUUUAUUUGGUACUAUUUUUAUUCAGAAUGCUGAGGAAAAAGCAUCACAUCAUUUAAACCAUUUAAUUACUGACUUUUUUUUAAAAUUUUUAUCCUAAAGACGUGCGUGCAUUAGUAAAUGCCUUAUAGCUGGUGUAGCUAUAGCUGCAUCAAGGGCAGUUGCAGACUGCAUUGUGCUGUCCGCUAAGCUCACAUACUUUCAAAAAUAGACCAAAAACCCCAAAGGGGUAGAAAAACCUGCCGAAUGAAUCGCAAUUAUAGAAAUCUAUCACAUAGUUCAAAUAAUUCUACAUGGGAAAUGCAUUCUGCAUUUUUGGUUCUAAAUAGCAUCCUACCGGUAACUGUCUUUAUCCAGCAGACUUUUAAAGAUUGUAUCAUGUAAAAGGGCACCGUAAAACAUAUCUUUAUUAGAUUAGCAUAACACUACAUUCUGAGACUUAGGGAGAAAAAAAAUGUCUGUCAAUAAUUUCAUUGUGAAUUAAUGUAAAAUUACUUUAAUUGCUGUUUGGUGUUCAGUAAUCUCCUUGUUGGUGGAUUAACAUAACUUUGUUACAAACUGCAUCAUUUGGGCAUUAUAUUAUGUAGCAUCAACAAUAUUGAUGGUAGUGCCAUCAGAAUCACACCUUAUCUUUACAGCCCAGGUUUUUUUGUCUCAUGAAAAUAUUCCAACAGUAAAAUCAGAAAUGUAUGUUUAUAUAUUUUUCAUGACAUUCUCCUGGUUCCUCAGUAUGAGUAGUUUAGAUUACAGUGAGGCUACAGGAUAACGUAUAUUUUAGGGUGAUGUGGUUUACUGGUUUGCUUAGAAAUUAUUGAUCCUGGGGUAAAACAUUUUGUCACUCCAAAACUUGCAUUACCUAAAUUGAAGGCGGACUAAAUUGAAGGCGGACUGCUUUACUGCAACAGUUCAUGUUUUUGUUUCAAGACUGGACAGUAUCAGCCCUGUGGGGUUUAUGGCACAAAGAGUACCAACGACAGCUAGCUGGACUGGAUUUGAAUACUAAAAUUAAGUAAAACGGCCUAGUAUAAGAAUGUACUUAUUGUAAUUUCUCAAUUAACUGGUAAAAUACACUUGUUUAAUAUUUUCUUUUUGCUGCAGUUACAUUUGGGUUGGUAUGAAAUGUGCCACAUAUCACCUAUAUUCAAAUGGAUAAACUAAAUUAACUCAGCUGCUAGCGCUACAAACAGGUGCUAUAUAGUGCUGGAAAAUGUUUAAUUUGUUUAACUUUUUCAUAGGUCCCAAUAACAUUGUGAUUGAUGUAAAAUGUGCCAAACAUCAUUGUCACACUUAAUGUAGCACUUUCAGUUGGUUACAUAAAUGGCUGAAAACAGAAACUAUUUCUACUUCUGGUGCUACUUAACAAGAGGCUAGUGCUAAUUAGCACUAGCGCUACAUUUUAGCCCUCAUCUCUAGUGCCGGUUUGUGAUGCUAAAUUUAGUUAUCAAUAGGCUACAGCCAAUUUUCACUUGAGUGCUACUGUACACCAAAAAAAAAAAAAACACUCAACAAAAACACUUCUCAUUUGUUCCAUACCAUGCGCUUGAGCUAGUUAGCAGGCUAGUGCUAAGUGGCUCUUUCGCUACAAACGAGUCUUAAUGAUUAGUGCAAGCCUAUUGCUACUGCCAGUUAGCAAUAGGCUAAAUCUUAACUAGUGAUAUCACAACAAACUAGCCCCUGUACACCAUUUAACAGAGGUUUGUAAUGAAAAUGGUAGUUAGCCAUAGGCUAGUGUUAAUCAAAGCGAUGCACAAACCAACUAAAGAUUUUGAAAAAUGUAGGGCCAGCAUUACAAGUUAAUCCUGAUCCUAGUUCUGAAGUUUGUAAAAUCCAUGUUAAUUACCAAAAGCACAAAUUAUGCACAACAGAUAAUUGCCAAUGGCCUAAUCCUACUUAAAUCUAGCUCUACAAACUGGUGUCAGUCAUUGCAGAAUAACGCAGGUAAAAUAAAUACUGCCAAAAUGCCAAAUAUUGCACACAGGCUACUGCAGGCAAACACAUUUGUUAAUUAUUAUUUUUUGCACUGUAUUAGUUACUUGUAUAUGUGGCAGAGAACACACAGUUAAAUCGUUUUAUUUGAUGUUAGCCAAUUAUAAAGAGAGCUAGUAUAAUGAAGCUAAUUAAUUUUUGCAUUGGGAUUAUCAUUGCAACAAAAGCACCUGGGGUUGUGAGAUUUCGUGCCAAAGUAAUUUUGUAAUUUAUGGUAAGGCCAUUUUAUUAUGUCCUGAAUCGGGGUCUAAAAUAAUUAUAAUAAUUACCUCAUAUGAACUUAAAUAUUGUUUUGCUCAAUUUAUCACAAGUGUAAAGUGUGUGAGCCCCAGUCCGUGUACUGCUGCUAUUAGAUUGUUUAUUUUCCAUCACAGUGAAGCAGCUGGGUUGUUUCUUUGUAAAGCCCCAAAGUUUCAUUUUUUCUGUCCUUUUUAAAACUGUAAACUACAAUUUAAACAUGUGCUCAAAAUCAUACAUACAGCAUUGUACUGUUGGAUAUUGAGGGUGCUCAGCAUUAAGCAGAAGUCUUUCACUUUCUUCUUAUUACACAUUUGGUGACAGGGAUCCCUCGGGCCAACCCUCAGGCCUCUGGCUGACAUCUUUUCCCUCUGUUCUUCGUCUCUUAGCCUCGCUGUCACAUUUCUUUGCCUGCAGUUUCACCCGGUAAUGAGACCAUAUUUUACUCCUGGACUGGUUUAAUUAAUUAAGAGAAGCAGUAGACUGUGUUCACUUCAGCAAGUGGAAGAUUGCAUGCAAACUACACGAGACAAGAUGUAUAUUCAGUUUCCUAUAAUGUACAUGACAGUUAUAAAGGGAAUGUUAAACGUUGAUCCGGAUGUAAUAUUUUGUUGUCCCUUUCUAAUUAAGAUAAAGUAUAUGAGUGAAACUUCAGUAAUAAACUUGUAACUUUAUGAAAA